AGUUUACCGACAAACGAUUGCUCCGAAAUAAAACCAUAUCGAGAAAUCUUGACAGCAGCGGCGUAAUCUCGUGGUAGAGAACCGUAUCUCAACUCGAUAUCGGGUGGGUGAAAAAUGACAGCAAGUAAGCAGAUCUCACUUGUGUAAAAGUGUAUAAAUAAUUGUGCUUGCGCUUCAUCGCAGUAAACAAAUUUUGAAGUGAAAUGAAUCAGAGAUCAAGGUGCAGUGCUUGUGAGGGAUAGCGAGAGGAAGAGAGAGAAGAGCAAGAAGGGGAACAUACAAAGCCAUAGGGCAGCUUAAAGGGAAGCUCGCGUCCAGUCGCGCAGAUCGUUAGUCAGGUAAGUGUCAACCGAUCGAUUUCCUUUGUUGAGCCAUAUCGGAAGGGAGGGGGAGCACCUGUCAAUUCGCAUCUAUGACAUUGAUCUUGAGAACGUUUGCUAUCACAGGGACCAUUUUUAUCCAUGAAAAAGAGAUCUUGGUUUGAUGACAAUCAUGGAAACAGAACUCCUAGAUCAAUUUUACCGAAUUCAAGCUGUCGAUCGUGCACGUAAAAUACCCAGUGUGAAUUAUUUAUGGGAUAAAUCUACGGAGGUGUACGAACGUGUAAAAGGCACAAACACAUUUUUGAACUGGGCCUUUCACACUGUUGAAAGUGUGGUGAAUACAAUGAUAGAAAAAUCUUUGCCAGUCGCUAGAUUGAUGGAGAAACCAAUUUAUACCCUGGAUAAAACAUUAUGCCAGGGCAUUGAUUUUGUUGAAGUAAAUCUUCCUAUAAUUAAAGAAGAACCUAAACAGAUUUUAGAUCGCACCAAAUCUAUCGUAUCCAAACGUCUUCGUCCCGCAGUUAAAACUUUUACCGAUCUAAAGCAAGAAACCAAGCAAAGAGUGAGAGUUAUGACUUUACUUACGUAUUACAAAGUCCAUUAUUUACGCGUUUAUAGUUGGCAACAAGCGGACAAAGUCAUGUCAACUGAAACAGGUAUCAAUAUUUUAAAGACUGUCGAUAACACGACUGAUUUUGCUGAAAUUAUGCUUGACAAGUACUUACCUCCAUCAGAAGAAGAAAUUCACAUUAAUACAGAGAAAUUAUGUAGCGAACACGUUAAGCUUCAUCACACAAUGGAAAGACUAUACGAAUUUAGUAACCGAGCUUGGCGACGUAUUUACUAUGCAAUGAUGGAAAGACUGCAGCAUAUGUAUAAGAUAGAGAUACUCAUUUUGGUAUUACACGUGCUUGUGGUCAUCCAAGCAAUCAAGUUCUUGGAAUCAAUUGUGAAUUUGAUAUUUAAAUUAUUCAGCGAUUGCAUUUUUUCAUAUUAGAAGCACACGCUCUAGUCUGCAAUAAUCACGUAUGCAACAGCACUUAAGAAAUGAGAUUAUUUUUUUAUCACUUUUGCAAAAGUUAUGUCCGACGCGGGAUAUUUUACUUGCAAACUGCGAAUUUUACUUAAUAUGAACGCCGUGAAACACGUGACCAUUCGUGGAAUAAUUUCACGGUUCAGAAUGGAUUAAAAAGAAGCGGUACUUUCUCAGCCAUGAUAUACGAUACCGUUUCUCAUAAUAUUCUGUAUUUGCAUAUUUCCGGCAUUUUAUAUAACUCCGACUGUCGUUUGUUAAAACAAAAAAUCGAUUUAUUUUUAAAAGAAAGAUGAAUCUCGAAAAUAUAUAUUCAUAAAUAAAUUGUAUAGAGAGAGUUCUUCAUGAUCAGAAUGUUCUAAUGCAUUUUUUAUAUAUUAUAUAUUAAAGUCUAAAUUAAUUAAUCCCGUAAUAACGGUAAUAAAAUAAAAAUAUAAUUCCGUUUAUUUAAUUCGGACUAUCGCGAUUCUGAUUUAUACGUACUUAAAACCUAAUGAAUUUUGUACAUAAAGCAAGUAAAUGAAAAAAAAAACUAUGAAAUGUUUCAUGGAUUUUGUGAUAAAAUGGGAUUUAAAAUUUAAUCGAAAGAAAAAAGAAACGUGAAACGUUGUGUAUAUUUUUAAACAUUUCCACUGUAUCGAAUUUUAAAUACGCGAUAAAGAUUAAAAAUAUAUAUAUUUAACUACUAUGUUACACACAUUCAAAUCUUUAAUCUAGUUAAUAAUGGAGAAAUAACAUAUUCCAGUAAUGCUGGUCAAGUUGUUAUUACGUUGUAUAUUCGCGGGGACGAAUCAUCAAAGUGAUUAUCGUUAUUCUUAUUUUGAGAAUGUAGCACGAUAUUUUCCAAGAUUUGUUCACAUGCUUAAAUGUCUACAUAAAUAACUACGUUUUUCAUACCCUGUUAUAUAUCGUGUGAUUACACAGGCAUAAGUACUCGAAAAGCGUGGUAUUUGCACAUGACAGCUUAAUAUUUUAUUUUUACUGAGUUUGUCAUUCAGAUCUUGUGUAAAAUCUGUGUUUUCUACAAAAAUAGAUUAUUUAGUAAAGUGAUAAUUAAUCUUAAAUAUAAUCGAUAUCCCAAGAGAGAGAAUAAAUAACAAUCUUGUUAUAUAGUUAAGAUAAAUAUUAGUAUCUUGACAUAAUACAAUGUGUGUCCAAUGUUAAUUGCGAAUGUCGAAUUAAAAGGAAAAGCUGAAAAUUAAUAUUUUAACGAUAUAACGACUGUGAUGAAACAAAAAAUUGUCAUUUAUGCUCAUAUUAUAUUAUAUCAUAUAAUAUUAUCUUAAUUUUCUAACAAAUCCAAUAAUAUAUAAGCAUCAUAAAUUGAGCAUUAAAUAUAAAUACGUAUAAAAUAUAUUUUACAUUUGAUGUAAUUAUAUAAUAGAAUAAAAAUAUAUUUUAAAAAUA